CUCAACAAUGUAUGUUUCAGGUCUAAUCUGAAAGGGUUGAACAGAGCUCUUCAGAACCCCCUCAGGAUGACUGCUCACCUCCCACUGGCUAGUUCUUGGCAAGGAAGAUUAUGCCAGGUAGACAGUUGUUUCCACCGUGUCCCAUUUCUAGAUAUGCCACAGACAGGAUGGAGGGCUGAGUGGAGUCCUUUAUUGCAAGCCCAGUUCAAUUUUCUACACAUUCAAUAAUCUGAUACUAGAGAUAGGUAAUUGAUGUGUUAGCGGUGAAGGUUGUUAUCUGCUUUGAAAAAUCAAACCCUUAAUCAGUGACGUGUUUAUUUAAAGAACACUUUUCUUUGCAGAAAAUGGAAAUGUUUUAACUUAUUUAGUAUCAUUUAUUUAAUGUGCACCUUAAUCUCUCUGCAUCAUUAUUUGCUGUGAUAUGUAAACUCCUAAGGGCAACAACAAUGUCUGCUUCAUUUAUUUUUUAGAGCACCCAGAAUACAACUUUGAACAGCUAGCUUUUUCAUCCAUCUGUAUGCUGCUGUUGCAGACCGGAAUAAAAACUAUGUUCCAUAGUGAUAAAGAAGACUGUUUCAUUCUUAGUUUAGACUUUCAAGAACUGUGAAUCAAACAGUAAACUUCUGUUAGACCAGCAAUGAAUACUCUUUAUGCAGCACAAAUGUUUAUUUAUUGGUCUAUGUUAAAGUAUCAAUAUUAAAUGAUUUUCUAAUAUGAAAGUCUGUUCGAUGAAAAAAUGUGAAAAAUGCAGGAAACUGUAUAGAAUAAAUGAAAAGUCAUGUUUCAUUUCCAUGCUGGAAGAUAAUCACUUUGAACAUAUUGGUGUUCUUUCCCUAUGAUUCAUUUUAAUGUGUUAUUAAUAUUAUUUAAUACCUAACUAAUUUUAAGACUUUCAAAAUAAUCCUUCUUAUUGUGAUUCCAUCCUUUCAAUUGGUGAUCCCAAGUUUGUUCCAGGAAGAAUUAUUGUUUUGCUUUUUUUAAAUGUAUUGAAACAUGUUGUGAGUUAAAGGAAAGAGUUUGCCAUGAGCUGCUAGAGACUGACUUGUAUCAAAGGAAACUUGUGGUUACCACAAAGGAAAAUUUAAUCCACCUUGCCCCAGUGCAUUUGUUCUCCCAGAGAACCAGGUGAACUACCUUUGACUGUUUCCCUGGGAUUAUGUCACCCACCAAGGUAACUUUCUGUUCCAGUAGAUGAUGUUAAGAAACAAAGCAACACCCUUUAAGCUAAUCAGUUUUGGAAAAUAGAGACUGGCUUUAUAUCCAGGGCUUUGAUGUGUUUAGUGGUUCCAGUAAGGAUCUGCCUCUCUUUUGUUUUGAUUGACAAGAUCUGUCUAUAUAUUUGGGCAAUCAAGCAGCCCAGUAACAGGGUAGAGACAUUUACCCAGAGCAAACUUCUACCACUCGUCGUGACUUUCUGAAGUCUUGUGUGCAAGUUUCAGCUCCAAAAGAAGAGUUAGAUCCAGCAAAAUCAGCAUGAAGGUGGCUUACCUCUUCCUUGGCUCCAUGGGCCUCCUGCUCCUGGCUGGCCGUGGCUGUGUCCACAGCACCUCCAGCGGGAAUCUGCGCACCUUUGUAGGCUGUGCCGUGAGGGAAUUUACCUUCCUGGCCAAGAAGCCGGGCUGCAGGGGACUUCGUAUCACCACGGAUGCCUGCUGGGGCCGAUGUGAAACCUGGGAGAAGCCCAUUCUGGAACCCCCCUACAUUGAAGCUCAUCAUCGAGUCUGCACCUACAAUGAGACCAAACAGGUGACGGUCAAGCUGCCCAACUGUGCCCCAGGGGUUGACCCCUUCUACACCUACCCUGUGGCCAUCCGCUGUGACUGCGGGGCCUGCUCUACGGACACCACAGAGUGCGAGACCAUCUGAAGCUGGUGCGGCCUGUACAACAGCUGGUGGCCUGAACCUCACAGA